AUGAAGAUCAACGGGAAGUUGAGAUGCAAGAUCGAAAUGAAGGGCGUCGAAACUGAAGGAUAUGCCUAUGUGACGCCAUACAACUCGCUCAUGGGAAGAAAACUUCGCACACGGCUGAGUCUACUACUUCCGAUGGACGAGUCGCGAGCCACGCCACCGUCUGAAGAGAACUGGAAGAAAAUGAUAGAACAUUUCAAUAGAAGAAACAAUGCUGUUCCGAAGGAAUUCGAAAUUGGCGAAGCAGUUUAUGCUCAAAUAUGGAAAGCACCACAAGUCAACUAUGAAGUCGACCUGAGUGGAAGGAUAACGAAGAAGCACGCAAAUCAGCUGCGCCGUCGUGAUGCGGAGACAUCUUCGAGCUAUGAAGACAAGUCAUUGCUGAUUCUGCUCGAGACGCUCGAAUUGGGAGACGUGUGGAAGCGACGAGAGGAUACUACACGAACUAUGGACGCGGCUGCUCUAGGAUGA